AGAGAACCUGAGCAGGCUCAUUGUAAAGAGAAUCUGAAACAGGCUCAUUGUAAGGAGAAACUAAGACAGAGAGAAACUGAAGCAGAUUCAUUGUGGGGAAAUCUGAGAAUAUUCAUUGUAAUAAGGGACUGGAGUGGGCUCAUUGUGGAGAGAAUGACAG